UAUAUAGUUAAAAAGAAAAAUUAUUUCUUAUUAAAACUAAAACAAACUAGUGAUUAAAAUAUUAUCUUGCACAUAAACGAUAAAGUUUUGUCUUGUACUCUCGUAAUAUAGUUUCUAGAUAUUAUAAAGCUCAACUUGUUUCUUACAUGAAGAACAGAAAUGAUCUGAUGAAAAUAGAUGUUAAAAUAAUCUUGUGGAAUGUGGAGGAAAAUGUGAGUCGGCAAUCCAAAAAUAUACGGAAGAAAAACAAACGACUUUAUUUGUGAAAAGAGUGUUAAUCCGUUUUCUCCACAACUCAUUAUCAGUUAAAUAAUAAAAAUUUGAGUUAUAAUGUUACAUUUUUCAAACAGUAUUGAUAUUUAAUUAUAGGCACAUCAUCAAUAUGCAGCACUCACUACAAUCACAAGAAAUGCAUGCUUGAAUGGUUUCCACAGGAUCAUUUCCCAAAAUACGUAGCUUUAAAAGACCUAUUCUUAUCGCAAGACAAAUGUGUUAAAUCUACUUUGACAAAUCGCAAGCAACUGUAUGAGUCCUUUUAUGAUCUCGGAUUAACUGCAAAUUACAGUUUCAUAGAAGGAAAUAAUUGCGAAAACGUGGAAAGAGAAUUUGAUGCAAUACAGAUAACAAAUUACAUCGGGCAUGAAUUAAAUACUAUCUACACGAAAAAUGGAACUAACAUCGGUGGUUCAUGUUUGGAUAUCAGACUCCCAUUAUAUAGUCAUGGAAUGUACGAGAAAGACGUUGUAUCGUCUCUUCUUAAUGGCAAUUGCCUAAAGUAGAACAUGAUAAUAUAUGGAUGAAAUAUAUAAGAUCGUGAUGCUCUUAGCAAUAUAUACGUUUGUCUUUAGUAUUUGAAUUAUAAAAUCAUUAAAUGCAAAAGUUCUCUCGUCAUCUCGGCCGAGAUUAUUUCACAGAAUCUCAAAAUAGACGCGUCGCUAUGCGGCAUGCAUCUUGGACGAAACGCGAUGAUUCAUGCGUGACCUACCUUCUUCAUGAUUAUACCGAUAUUCUGGGCGCGAAAGUGCGAGAUGAGACUUCCUUCCUUGCGUGAAUUGUAACCAUUAACAUUUGCUUUUCAUUGAUACAAUAAUAAAUACAUAAAACGUAUUUUAUAAAAGAUUGAUGUAGAUUAAUUGCGGUGUAAAGUAUACAUUACGUUUCAAGAUAUGUAUUGUUGUCGAAAGUAUAUUAUAAUAAUAGUAUACAAGUAUCGCAAUCAAUGUGUCAUUCUGAUUCGUCAAUGAAACAUUAAUGAUUAGACAGAAUCAUUCUCAUUGCUGAUAAAUAGAAAACUAUAAUUGUUUAUAGUCUGUAACCGUGUGUAUAUAAAACAGCUACAAAAUCUUUAAGGUUUAAAGAAGAUUCUUUUAAAAGUCCACAAGUUUCCUGCACGAUAUUAAAAACGUCUCAAAAAUAGAAUUCAAGUCCUCACGAGAAUAUCUCCCACGUUGUUAAUUUCAUUGAUGUGCUUGCACAUGUUUUUAGAAAUGUGCAGCGACAUUAGUUCGAAUAUACAAGCGUACAGUGCGCAGGCGGUGCUCGCUCUCAGAGUCGCGAUCAGGGGCUGCUCGUGUGGCUAAACUUGGCUGCAACGAGAUUACGCACAUACAAUAGAAUGUUUCCUACCACAAAAUUCCAUCAAGAAAAAAAAAAUA